CACUCCAUGCUUCCCCGUCAUGUGCAGAGGCUGGGCAGAGACUGGAUUGCCCACUGGAAUGGUUCUCAGAUACUCACCUGGAACAGCCCAGUUUCCAGCUGUAUGAGAUGGGCUGGACACUAUCCCUGGGCCUCAUUUCCACUUCCUGUUUCAACUGAUUUCUCAACAAACUGGAGACUCCCUCCAUUUUUUGGACCUUGGAGAUGUUUUCAGAACUCCAACUGGCAGCUUGAUAACUUCAUGCAAAGUUCUUGCUUUCACCUACCUAAUCCCAGUAUGAAAUCUGAGGGAGAAGAACCACUGACAAAGAAGAGAAGACUCAGUGACCAGCAUGAUGCUUUAACUCCUGAAGACGAAGCAAGCUUCUCUAAUCAGAAGGAAGCAUUGUGUGUUUCUGCAGCACAGAAUGAAGAAAAACAUAGCAGCAAGAAACGAACCGUCAAAAGACACUGGGAAUAUUUCUGUCAGCACAGUAAAACAAUGAAAAUCUCUGAAAAUAAAGAAACUGACCAAAGCAGUACAGAAAGUGAGGGAAAUUUUGAUUUUACAGUCAUGUCCUACAAUAUCCUGUCACAGAGUUUGUUAGAAGGUAACUCCCAUCUGUACAAACACUGCAGGCAACGCUUGUUAAUUUGGACCUACAGAUUUCCCAACAUCCUACAAGAGAUCAAACAGCUGGAUGCAGAUGUACUCUGUUUGCAAGAAGUCCAAGCAGACCACUAUAGAACAGAGAUCAAGUCAAGUUUGGAAUCCUUAGGGUAUCACUGUGAGUAUAAAAUGAGGACAGGGAGAAAACCUGAUGGCUGCGCUAUUUGCUUCAAAACUUCCAAAUUUAGCCUGAUCUCCUCAAACCCCGUGGAAUUUUUUCGUCAUGAUAUUCCACUUUUGGAUAGGGACAACGUUGGACUGGUGUUGCUUCUGCAGCCUAGAUUUCACUGCAAAACUAAUGCUGCCAUCUGUAUAGCCAACACACAUCUUCUGUAUAACCCGAGGCGAGGUGACAUCAAACUGACCCAACUUGCAAUGCUCCUGGCAGAGAUUGCAAGUGUUGCCCCUCAAAAGGAUGGCACCUUCUGCCCAAUUAUCAUCUGUGGUGACUUCAAUUCUGUUCCUGGUUCUCCACUGUACAAAUUCAUAAAGGAAGGAAAGUUAAAUUACGAAGGACUUGCUAUCGGAAAGGUCUCUGGACAAGAGCAGUUUCCAAGGGGACAAAGAAUUCUACCUAUUCCAAUUUGGCCAAAAAAAUUGGGUAUUUCGCAAAACUGUGUAUAUGAAAUAAAACAGCAACAAAAAGAAGAAAAUCCAGAAGAAAAAUUGGAAGAAGCAAUACAGGACAACACUCAGGAGAUAGUAACAACAUCUGAAAAGUUGUCUUCAAAAUUGCAGCACCAUUUUAAAUUGUCUUCAGUCUAUUCUCAUUACUUUCCUGAAACUGGGAUCCCAGAAGUAACAACUUGUCACUCCCGAAGUGCUGUCACUGUGGAUUAUAUUUUCUAUUCUGCAGCAAAUGAUGACACGGCUCCCACGCCAGGAGCAGAGGAUUCUUUUCAUGGAGGUCUGAAACUUCUUGGCAGACUAGCACUUCUAACAGAGAAAGAUCUUUGGACUGUUAAUGGUCUUCCCAAUGAAAAUAACUCUUCUGACCACCUGCCAUUGGUAGCAGAGUUCAGGCUUAUUGAACGGUAAUAUCCAAAGGACUUUUUGUGUAGGUAAAUUUACCUUCACCUUCUCUCUUCAUGUGAUUGUUAUUUUUUUAAAG